CUAUAUAAAUAUCGAAGAAUGCAAGUGCCUCUUUACUCCCUAGCUAGUGGCAUCACCAAAUUUGGUCACAAAAAAUGUCUUCUGAUCUCUCUCUCAUUCUUCCUCGUGUUCUAAUCGUUUCUAGACGAACAGUUCGUAAGAACAAGUUCGUGGAUUUCGUGGGGGAAUAUCAUCUUGAUCUUAUAGUAAGAUAUGGAGCAGUACCCGUGAUUGUACCUCGUGUUUCAGGUGUACACAUGUUAUUAAACAGUUUCGAACCAAUUCAUGGUGUUCUUCUAUGUGAAGGAGAAGACAUCGACCCUUGUUGGUACGAAUUGCAAGAAUCUACUCUUUCUCAUCAAGACUUAGAAGAAAUCACAAAGCUUCAUUCAAGUGACACAACCAUUGACAAAGAAAAAGACUCCAUUGAAUUAAGCCUAGCCAAACUUUGUCUUCAAAGAAACAUUCCUUACUUGGGAAUUUGUAGAGGUUCACAACUCCUUAAUGUUGCUUGUGGGGGUACCCUUUAUAGAGACAUAACAAAAGAGCAUUGCCCUCAAAAUAAUAAUAAUAAUGUGAUUAUGCAUAUAAACUAUGAUGAUUAUGAUGGUCAUAGACAUGUUGUUAAGGUUGUUGAAAACACACCUUUGUUUGAUUGGUUUAAGGAUUCUUUAGAAGAAGGGAAAAUGGAGAUUUUGGUUAAUAGUUAUCAUCAUCAAGGGGUUAAGAGAUUGGCACAACGUUUUGUUCCAAUGGCUUUUGCAAAUGAUGGUUUAAUUGAAGGGUUUUAUGACCCUUAUGCUUAUAAUCCAGAAGAGGGUCAAUUUAUUAUGGGCUUGCAAUUUCACCCUGAGCGUAUGAGAAUGCCUAAUUCAGAUCACUUUGAUUACCCUGGAUGCCCUUUUGCCUACAAGGAAUUUGUGAAGGCAGUGAUUGCUUAUCAAAAGAGAUUGAAUAGUUUAACAUCAUUGCCAAAGGCUAUGAAACUAAACAAGGAAAUGGAGAACAAAAGGAAGAUUAUAAUGCGUAGGAAAUGUUCAUCCAAAGAGUCUGAACUUGAAGCUGGAGCUGAAUUUCUCGAGUCAAACACGGGUUUAGGUGUGUCACAAGAGAAUCGGUUAAAGCAAAUGGGAGCAACAGUUGAGAAAUUGAAUGCAAUGGGGAAAAUGUCAGUGGACCAAUUAUCUGACCUUGUUUCUUUCUAUCACACUAUGGCUCAGAUUUCUUCUCAACUAUUGCAAAUAAAGCUACAUGCAUCUUCUCAAUCACUUUAGUUAUUUCUUUCAUUCUUGCUAUGCAAUAUUUGGACCAUCAAACAAACCAUUCUUCAAUACACACCCUUCUCCUUACUUACAUGCUCCUCAAGUGUAAUUUUCUCUAAAAUUUAGUGUUCUAAAUUCAAUAUUAUUAUUUUUAUCUUAAUAAUUAAUAUCCAAUUGAAGAUUCAUUGAAGUGCUAGUAAUGUAAACAGUUACUUUGUCGUUAAUGAAAAAACUGCUUUGACCA